UCGAAGCACGUGAGAGGUUACAGUACCGGCGUGCCCUGCGAUCUCCGGUUGUUAGGACCAGGCUUCUAGGCUCAGGCCGGUGCCGCCAUGGGGAAGGUGAAUGUGGCCAAGCUGCGUUACUUGAGCCGCGAUGACUUCAGGGUCCUGACCGCGGUUGAAAUGGGCAUGAAGAACCAUGAAAUAGUUCCCUGCAGUUUGGUUGCUUCUAUAGCCAGCCUUAAACAUGGUGGCUGUAAUAAAGUUUUAAGAGAAUUAGUGAAACAUAAACUCAUAGCUUGGGAGCGUACCAAAACUGUCCAGGGCUAUCGGUUGACAAACGCAGGCUAUGAUUACCUAGCCUUAAAAACACUUUCUUCUAGACAGGUAGUUGAGUCUGUUGGAAACCAGAUGGGUGUUGGCAAAGAAUCUGAUAUUUAUAUUGUUGCAAAUGGAGAAGGGCAACAGUUUGCAUUAAAGCUUCACAGACUGGGAAGAACCUCCUUUCGAAAUCUGAAAAACAAGCGUGAUUACCAUAAACACAGGCAUAGCAUGUCUUGGCUUUAUUUAUCUCGUCUCUCUGCCAUGAAAGAAUUUGCUUAUAUGAAGGCAUUGUACGAGAGGAAAUUUCCAGUUCCAAAGCCAAUUGAUUAUAAUCGCCAUGCAGUCAUCAUGGAACUCAUAAAUGGCUAUCCUCUAUGUCAGAUACACCAUGUUGAAGACCCUGCAUCAGUGUAUGAUGAAGCCAUGGAACUGAUUGUCAGACUUGCGAACCAUGGACUAAUUCAUGGAGAUUUCAAUGAAUUCAAUCUUAUCUUGGAUAAAGAUGACCACAUCACCAUGAUUGAUUUUCCACAGAUGGUUUCAACUUCUCAUUCCAAUGCUGAAUGGUAUUUUGACAGAGAUGUUAAAUGCAUUCGAGAUUUCUUUAUGAAACGUUUCAGCUAUGAAAGUGAGCUUUACCCAACAUUUAGUGAUAUCAGGAGGGAGGACUCUCUUGAUGUAGAGGUUUCUGCCAGUGGCUACACAAAGGAAAUGCAGGCAGAUGAUGAACUGCUUCAUCCAGCAGGUCCAGAUGAUAUUGAAACAGAAGAGAGAUCUGACUUUUCCUUCUCUGAUGAAGAAGAGGUAUCAGAAAAAACAAACGUUUGUAGAUCAGAAAAUCCAAGUGAACAAAACUCUGUAGAUGGAUUAGGUGACUGCUGUCACAGAUCACCUGGAGACCUUGAACAAGUAAAGGAAGACGAUUUGUCGGAGCAGAGUGCUGCUGCGCACUAUUUGGACAUGACUAAAUUCAGUCAAGCUUUAGAAGAAAUAAAAGGUCAGGUUGUUGAAAAUAAUUCUGUAACUGAGUUUUCUGGGAAGGAAGACAAAACUGAAAAUGGCACCAGGCAAGAUAGUGAGACAAGUCCAGGAGGAAACCCCGCAAGCUCUGAAGAGUGUGAAGAUGAAUGCCCUCAUCUCGUUGCCUUGUCGUCAUUAAACAAAGAAUUCAGGCCUUUCAGAGAUGAAGAAAACAUGGAAGAUAUUAACCGAUACAGAACAAGAACUCUCAGUGUUACUUCUUCAGGCAGUAUUCUGAGCUGUUCAACAAUUCCUCCGGAAUUGGUGAAACAGAAGGUGAAACGUCAGUUGACAAAACAGCAAAAAUCAGCUGUCAGACGUCGGUUGCAGAAAGGAGAAGCAAAUAUAUUUACCAAGCAACGGAGAGAAAACAUGCAAAAUAUUAAGUCAAGCUUGGAAGCAGCUAGCUUUUGGGGAGAGUAAUGUAUUUAGAAACAUUUACACAAUGAAAUACUAUUCAGCCAUAAAAAAGAAAAAUUUACCCUUUGCAACAGUCUGAUGGACGUGGAGAACAUUAUGCUAAGUAAAAAUAAGCUGGUCAGAGAAAGACAAAUACCAUAUGAUCUCACUCAUGUGGAAUCUCAUGAACAAACUGAACUAACAAACAAAGUAGAGACCGACUCAGAGAACAGGCUGACAGCUCUGGGGAUGGGCGUUGAGGGUUGGAAGGAUCAAGGAAAAAUGACUCAUGGACCUGGACAACAGGGUGGUGAUUGCAGGGGGUGGGAGGGAGGUAAAAGGGGGUUAAAUGGUAAUGGAAAAAUUACAGUAAAAAAAUAAAGAUGCAGAAUAUUUUUCACAAAGUUACUAUGAUUUUAAGCCACCUUUAGUCUUUUAGACUAAGGCAAAAAGAUAAACAAAUAGACAAAUUUU